AUGUCCUUCCCCAAAAUCCGCCGCACCCUAGUCCGCCGAGACGCAGUCGGCGCCGAAAAAGACUACCUAAACAUGCGCGCUGACUUCCUAGACUCCCUCCGCGAGCAGCACCGAGACCUCCGCACCCGAAAGAACAUCACGCCGGCGAAACGCGCCGAAAUCGUAGACAAUCUCGCCCAAUUGGCGGCCAAGACGGAGGAUCUGAGAGUGGCGGGCUUUGCGAUGCAUCUCGAGCAGCCGCUGUGUCGGACGGUCUGUGAGAACUUUAUUGGGUUCUUUAAUGGAGGUAUGAAUUCGGCUUUUGCGUUGGGGUGGAAGAGGAAUCGGGAGCAGAUUCUUGCGCUGGGGCGGGAGGUUGUGAGGGAGGGGGAGGAGGGGGGUUGGUCGGAGAUGAUUGAUGGGGCUUUGCUUUGGGGGGGGUAG